AUGAAUUCAAUAUAUAAUCAUGGUUUAAAGCAAACCCAAACAAUAACCAAAGAUUUGACUCAAUUUGAAAAAAAUCUAUCCACAUCACCAUUAUCAUUACAAGGUGCCAUCACAACAUCAUUAACUGCAUUCAGGAAAACUAUCAAAGAAUAUAAUGAUUUAUUGGAAAAAAAUGUUAAUGAUACAUCUUAUACUAAACAUGAAAAUAGAUUGAAUAAAUUCAAUCAAGAUUUAAAUGAAUUCACUUUAAAAUUUGAUAAUUUGAAAAAGCAACGUGAUAUUCAAGUUCAAGAAUCUAAUAAACAAGAAUUAUUAGGUAGAAGACACAUAUCAACAACAGGAGCAGCAUCGGCAUCGGCAUCGGCAUCGGCAUCAUCAGAUAAUCCAUAUGAUUCUAAUUCAACUCAACAACAAUUACAAGAAGAUCAAAAUACCAUGUCUUAUAGGGAAGGAUUAUAUCAUGAAAAAAAUUCUUUAGAAAGAGGAUCAGAACAAUUAGAUCGAAUUCUAGAAAUGGGACAACAAGCUUUUGAAGAUAUUGUUGAACAAAAUGAAAUAUUAAGAAAAGUUCAAACUAAAUUUGAAGAGAGUUUAAUCACUUUAGGAGUAAGUCAAGGAACUAUACGAAGUGUGGAAAGAAGAGCAAAACAAGAUAAAUGGUUGUUUUGGUUUUGUGUGGUUAUAAUGUUAGUAAUGUUUUAUUACAUUGUGAAAUUGUUCAGGUAA